ACUGGGCGGCGAGGGGCGGGCUCCGCUGUUGUUAUGGCUUUGAGCAGGCGGCGUUUGCCUGUCAAACAUGGCUUCGAGUGGCAAUAGCGGUACCACGGGCUCCACUCUGCUGCAGCCCUUCAGUGAGGCCAUUAACCUGUCCGUCGACCAGGUCAAUUUUGUAGUGUGUCAGUUGGUUGCGCUGCUUGCAAGUGUAUGGUUUCGACUUUAUCUUCACCCAAGUCAAACGAGCAGCUAUGUCAGGCAUGCUGUUGCCACACUUCUGGGACUUUACCUUGCACUGUUCUGCUUUGGAUGGUAUGCUUUGCACUUUCUUCUUCAGAGUGGAAUUUGUUACUACAUUAUGAUCAUUGUUGGGGCUGGACACAUGCAUAAGUUCUGUUUUGUCAUUGCUUUCGGAUACCUCACCCUGUGCCAAGUUAGCAGAGUAUACCUCUUUGAUUAUGGACUAUAUUCAGCUGACUUUACUGGUCCAAUGAUGAUAAUAACACAGAAGAUAACCAGCCUGGCUUUUGAACUUCAUGAUGGGAUGGCACGAAAAGAAGAACAUCUGACACCAACACAAAAGUCCUUAGCUAUCCGGACCAUGCCAAGUCUGUUGGAAUAUUUAAGCUACAACUGUAAUUUCAUGGGGAUCUUAGCGGGGCCCUUGUACACAUACAAAGACUACAUUGCAUUCAUUGAAGGCAAAACAUCGCACGUGAAGCGUUCUGUAGUGAAUGGAAAAAUAGAUGACCGAUGUGAACAUGCUGAACCUUCACCUGUGCCAGCUGUACUGUGUAAGCUCCUUGUUUGUGGGAUUUCUUUGACUUUUCACCUGACGAUCACAAAGAUGUUCCCAGUGGCAUACAAUAUUGAUGAAACUUUUGUGAAUACAGCAAACUUUGCUAGUCGAGUAUUCUACCUCUAUUUUUCAUUAAUGGCUGCCCGGCCAAAGUACUAUUUUGCAUGGAGUCUUGCUGACGCAAUUAACAAUGCUGCAGGAUUUGGCUUCAAUGGUUAUGAUGUGAACGGCAAUGAACGUUGGGAUUUGAUUUCAAAUUUAAAUAUCGUGAACAUUGAGUCAGCAACAAGUUUUAAAAUGUUCAUCGAUAACUGGAACAUCCAAACAGCUCUCUGGUUUAAAAGGGUUUGCUAUGAUCGCUGCCGUUACUAUCCAACAAUAGCAACUUUUAUUAUCUCUGCAAUGUGGCAUGGAGUGUACCCAGGCUAUUAUAUGACAUUUCUUACAGCAAUACCAAUAACAUUAGCAGCUCGUGCAAUUAGAAACAACACUCGAAUCUAUUUUAUCAAGACAAAGAGUGUCAAAUUAUUUUAUGACUUUAUCACUUGGAUUGCAACCAUGAUCGCAAUCAGCUACACAGUCGUGCCAUUUGUUUUGCUCUCAGUGGAGCCAUCCCUAAAAUUUUACAGAUCUUGGUAUUACUGUCUACAUAUUGUUCCCCUUUUGAUCAUGUUGGUAUUGCCAAUUAAGUCAAGACGAAAGGAAAGUGAACAGAAUCAUUCAAAACGAAAAAGGCUAGAAGUGGAAAACACAUCAACCUCGAACAAUUAUGCUGUCUUGAACAACAACUUGGACCAGAUACCAAGACCAUCAUGAACACAAAGUGCAUUUGAAUGAAAGAUCUACCAAUAUUGCAAGAUCACAAUCUACUUACAAAUCUGCAUGGGAGUUAAUUGACCUUUGGCUUCAUAGAGACUCGUCUGAAGGGCUGAUUUCAAAACUUCAAAUUUUCUAGCAAUAAUGCCACCAUGAACAACAGAUGUGAACAACAGAGAUGCACAAUAUCACGAGAGGAAUCUCCUUCUCUACACAAAGAAAAUACUUAUUACCCUACGAUGCACCUACUAUGUAUUUUUAAUUUGUCUAAUCAUCAGCUGUGUUGGCAGAGAAAGAAAGGACAUUCAAAACAAUCUCCAAAACAUGUUGAUCAUCUACAUUUUGAAACACUGAAUACUUAUUUUCUUUAUGGUUCAAGAAGUGAGUCUGUAAUAUGUAACUUGGUUAUCAGCUAUUAUGGUUUAUAUUAUUUUGAUGAAAGAUUUUUGCCUUUUUUUAGUAGUCACUUUAGUUUGGGUAAUAUAGCAUAAAGUGAAAUUGCACCAUCACCACAAUCCCAUUCCUAAUAACAGGCUACAUUCGGAUUUGGAUUUUAUUUUGAGUCAAUGAUUUAUGCUGAAUAGACUUAACCCACUCCAGUUCUUGUUUGCAGAUGAGGCUAAACUGGUUAAACAGGCAUUGUUGCAUCAAGUUCUAUAAAUACUGGAUGAAGUCUGUGGUCAUAUAUGGUUAUUGAGCACUGAGCAUUUUUCUGAUUUUAAUUAAUUUCUGGUGUAAUAAUUGAAGCUUUUAAGAGAAAUAGAAACACUCAAUUUUUACUUGAUCAAUAUGAAAAUGUAGAAGUACUUGAAAUAUUGCAAGAAAUGGAAAAUUCAUACUAUUCUUAAUUUCCCUAAACUUGUAGCUUUUGAUGCUGUGCAAUGAAGCUUUUUGAGGCUCUGCCAACAUCAACCACUGGUCAUUUAAAAAGGUAGUUUGUGACUGUGACAAAAUAUUUUCAUUCAGUUUCCUUUUGAGCUGGUCCAGUGUAAAAUAAGUAAUGUUUAAGAAGUUGCAAUGUGCAUCCAAGCACAAUAUUUUUAUACUUCCAAUAAAAUUGACAAGAUAUCAGGUCCUAAAUAGAAUACUUUAGCUGUUUGGGGGGGGGGGGGGGGAAUAAAAUGGGGACAUUUGUGACUUACCUGAUAAAGUUUGACAACAAUUGCUUUAAAUACCCCUUCAUUUGUGUUGUACACUAUUUUAUUUAAAUAUUCUCUCAUUCCAUUUUUAUGCAAAUUCUUAAUCACCGUUACAUGGAUUUUUUCCCCCAUGCCACUACUGUCAACCUUUUAAAAUGGUGAAUGUAAAAUAGGGAGUGAUAUUGCCGUGUAGUAAAUACAUUAAAAAAUAAGAAUGUUCCUUUUCCAUGAAGUAGGACAAAAAAAAAAAACACCAUCACCUCUGCUUGUAAUGAAUCUGUUCUUUAUAUAUUCAAUACUCAUUUUAAUAGUAGUUGUCGAGAGGGCUAAGCAUAAUUGAAUACCAUGGUUCCAUUCUUUUAACUAGUCUUGGUUUCAACAUUCUGGGUUUGUCCAAUUAUCCAUGGUUGAUAUGAAUAUUUAAAGUAAAGUAAUGGUAGCAUUUUUAUUCCAUGGUAUUUGCAACAUUGCACUGUAAUUAAUGGUAUAUUAGCUGUAUCAAGUUUACAAGGUGAAACAUUUUAUUAACUUUGUAUUAUCUGCACAACAUGGUGAAUUAUAUUAAAAUUUAUCUUUGUGCAAUUCAGUUCAGAAUGGUUCAAAAACAUUUUCAAUGUCAGAAGAUGAAAUAUGUGUUUUUAUAGAUGUAAAAACCAACUGUUCGACCUGUUGUGAUUUGUUUCUGAACGUAAAACUAUAAAUGAAUUUGGAUUGGCUUCCAAAAUUGUGUAAAUAAGGAGAAAUUCCUUUCAAACACUGAAUUUGUAAAUGAUUUUAUUUUUCUAUUAAUGCUACAUUGAACAUGAAUUAGUUUCUUCCCAUUGUAAGAAAUGUUCAGUGGCUUUGAGCUUUCCAAAACUUACAGAAUAGAAUCACCAAAAUAUGCCUUUCCAAUUUUCACAAUAUUGUCUAUUUUUAAUUCUUGUAGCAAAAUUAUAAAACAAUAUUUUGAACUGUUUUUGUUUAUUGAAAUGUGUACAAUAUUUUCUACUUGUAAUCUGCAAGAAAAAAAUCUUUAAAGAGCUGCACCUUUUGUAGAAGCUGUUUGAUUGUUUUGAUACAUGAAGCCAGCUGUUGUGAUCGUUGAAGUGAUUGUAACAUCGUAUAAUGUAGUGUUUAAUUUGUGUGAAGAUUAAAAUUUGAUUAAAAUAA